GUAUCUUUUGUUUUUUAUUUUAUCUUAUUUUAUUUACUUAUUUUAUUGGUUGAAGAAGAGAAACUACUUUUUUAGUUCAUUGAAUACAAAUUCAAAACGAAAAAAAGAAAGUUUAUUAUCCAUGUCUGACGAUCCUGGUGAUGAUACCUAUCGAAAGAAACAACCUUCAAGACAGACAUCAACUCCAACUACUACGUCUCCUCAUCCACAAAGUCCACAAACAGAUCAAAAUGAUACUUCAACUCGACGUUGGGAACGUAUACGAGAUGCUGUCAAAACUGGUGCUACUGAUAAUUUUUAUUUAUCCAAAUCUACUCAAGCUAGUCCAACAAGUAUAUCUCAACAUAUACCUACUCCUACUCGUGCACAAACACCUCUUACUCUCAAUCAACGUUUGAAUCAUAGAAAUCCUCUUUUCGGUCCUUUCACUCGUUCUCAACAGUCAAAUGGUGUUACAGAUACUCACAAUUACCAUCAACAUAUACAAAACAAUUUUGUUGCUACUACCAUUACUGCUGCUCAAGCUGCUGGUAUGAAUAACUAUGGACGUCACUUUGGUCGCCAUUUUCACGGUGAAUCUAGCGGGUCAAGCGGGAUUUAUGCGACUAGUACAUAUGUACAACAAGAUAUCUAUCGAUUAGAAAGGGAUUUACAAAAGGUCUUACUUACUCCGAACACUUGGAAUCGUCAUGCUAGUUUCUUUAUCACUCCAGCAGAACUCUCACCUUCUAAUAUACCAACAGAUGACAACCUUCAACUCUCUCAAAACGCCAAUCAAAUUCAUACUAUUUUAACUUCCAUCAUGGACACCUUUCAGAACCAUAAAUUAUCCAGUCGACUUCCUCUAUUCCAUGAAAUACUCACCAUACUAUCUAUACCUUUCCAUUCAACUCCCGUUCAAGUCAAUGAUUGUAAUCAAGCUUUAGAUAUUAUUGAUUAUAUUCAAGAUCGUUUCAAACACCUUGACGCAGCGGAAAACUUUGAAUUAUUACUAUUCUGUUGUAGAAUCUUGUCCAUUGAUCAUUUGAUUCUCAAGUUACGUGUUACAACUAUGAUCAAGCAAUUACUUGUACCUUCUUCAACAAAAUCACUUAGUCUACCUUCCACACCUUCAGCCUAUCACUCUCUUGUAUAUACCCUUACAGAUGCCUUGGCUCAUCACACUAUUCAGUCAUCACAACAUGGACAGCCAGAGGUUUUAGAUGAUUACAAUCAUGUUUAUGAACGUAUUAUGGAAUUGAUGGAUGGGUUAUCAAAUGGAAUCAUUAUACCUGUUAUGGGCAAACAUUGGGAUCAGUAUUUUACAAGUUCUACAAAGGAUUCUAACACUCCAGUGACAGUGGCGCAACUAUGCACUGUAGAGGGGUUAUGCAAAACAUUAAUGGUUGGACGAUAUGGACAUGUGGAUCCUUACAAAGAUAAAUCAAGCAAUUAUACCAAUAUAUCCUUUGAAAGCACUCGGGACAAACUUGUUUUACGAAUGUUAUUAAAAAGAUACUGGUUGGAACCCACUCUUGAAACUCGACCUGCCUUUUUACUGGUUCUAUUUGUCUUAGCUGAAGCUGCAAUUGAAAAGUUUCUGAAUGGAUCUGUAGAAGAUCUUGUACAAGCGACAUCUACUGUACAUCUCCUGUGGAGUUUUAUUCAAGAAAAACUCUCCUACUCUAAACUUCAACAAUAUCUUCCUGACAAGAGUAGCGAUAGGAUGCAAGACGCUGUAGCCACCAAUAUCACUAAUGCAGCCUUGGCCAUUAUGUCUAUUACUCAUCUUCAACCUUCGUCAAAACAUUCUGCAUUUCAACGUUCAUCAAUCAUCGUGCCUCAACCCUCAAAUGAAGAUUUGCCAAAUGAUUCAUUUCACUCUAGUGGCAUUGAUACUUUGGAUCCAUUUAAGCCUGAUAUCAAUCACAAACAACGUUUAGAAACCAUUCUUAACAGUAUGAAGGAAAAUGUGGUAAAUCUCUGGAAAUCUGGAUUCAGUGAAAAUAUUUUGUCAAAUACGAUCGCAUUAUUGGAAGAUUCUGCUGGUGAACGAUCAGUUACUGUCUAUGAAAACUUGGCCUUCUGCUUGGAUGAUUCAGCUAUUAGUGAAGAUAUUGUCAAGAAAUCUUUACCUGUUUUAUUUAAUCGCCUUACAUCUACUUAUCCUGCACCGUUUCCAUCUCUUUGUCGUCUACUACUCAAGCUAUCUCAAUCAUACCGUCCUUCUUUUUACAAGCCUAUUGUAUCAUGUGUUGCUUCAAACGAUCAUGAUAAAGUGACGUCUUCAUUAGUUUUGAUCUCAUGUCUUCGUCGAUAUAUGUCUGGUGUACAACUGUGGAUGCAAGAUGCUGAAAUGAUCAAUGUAUUACUUCUCAGUGAUGUGGGCCGUAAGAAUCAGUCUACAGAUCACUCUCAUGGUUUUGGUGCUGCUCAUCUUAUGCAAGAAGAUCCAAAUGAAAUCAAAUGGGGUACAACAUCCUUAGGACAAUGUGUCAUAGCCGCAGAAUUCUUAUGGGCAGUUCGGGAACUUCGACAUCUUCAACAACAUCGAACACGGAAUAUGGAAGAAGAUGAAAUCGCGAAAAAGUUUUUGAUCGAUUUGGAACGACGUUUUGCAGUCUUCAUGACAGCCAAGGAAAAGCUUUUAUUGAUCCCUAUGCCAUUACGUGUGAUUAUAUGCAAUCUUCUUCUUGAUAUUCGAUUCUUCUGCAAUACAACACAUAGACCUGGUUGGUUAACUCGUGUGAUUGAUUGGGCUACUCAACAUGUUGGAACACCAGAAUAUUUUGAAAAGCUAUCUACCAAAUCUCACAAAAACAUAAAUCCAAAAAAUACAAACAAGGCAACAACAACAACGACAAGCGAUAUUCAGCCGGUGAUUUUCUUGGCAAUGCUAGAAGACGUGACGAUUAUGUUCGACAGGAUCAAAUUGGUAUAUACAACAACAUUGGAACAACUAGAAUUUGAAUCAAGUGAACAUAUUGAAUAUGGAGGUGAACGACCUAUGUCUAUGCUACCACAAAAAGGUCUUACGGUAGAGGAUAUGCAUACUUCUGUUCUCAAUGACCCUUUGACUCUUCGAACCAAGCGACAACUUAUUAUUUCCAUGACAUAUCCUAUUAGUCGACAAGCUGCAUCUAGUUUAGAAUUGGCUCCUCCAGCUUUAGUGAAAAGCGAUUAUCACAAGAAUAUGGCACCUGCUUCAGAAUUAUCCAAAGGACGACUGGAAGAAAUGCCCAAAAUACAUCAUGAUCCAUUUGCUGCUGUUUUCUCAUUACUGGUAGCUGUAUUCACAACAUUGACUCCUCAAGAAUUCACAAAAUUGGUCCAACCUCUCUGGGAAAGAUUUAUGAAUGCUGAUUAUCCUCAUAUCUUUGUACCUGCUGCCUUUUUAUUUAUGCAAUGUGGUGAAAAGAUUCCAAAAACAGUGAUUCAAUUGACAGCUCGUGAUUUCUACAGUGCUGAUCCACGACGACGUAUGGAAACCAUAUUGAAACAUGCAUCUUUAUCUGCGUACCGAUUCAACAUUCUAGCUCAAGACUAUAUUCUGAUUUCUUCAAAAAGACGACCUUUCCGUGGUGAUGGUGGUGCUUUUGCUACUCCUUUUGUACCAACAGACCUUGGCAGCAACCGAUUCACUAUGGAUGAACCCCGAUGGAUGGCCAAACUCAAAAAUGCAAGCAACUUUCCUAUUGAACUGAAGAGACAGAUCCAAGAACUUGGUUGGGAUGAUGAAGACAAAGGAGAAGAAUAUGAAGCACUCAAAAAAGUCUUGACACCAUUGACACUACUACCGUCAUUAUAUUUGGAUGAAGAAUACGAUCGAUUGGAAGAUGCCGAGAUGACUACAGGUGGUGGCGGUGAAGAUACCAUAUCAGCAUUAGUCAGCAAAACAAUCACUCGUAGAAAACGUGCAACCAUGAUACCAACAAUCAAUGUCGCAUUUCUCAGUAUGGUGGACUCUCUUUGUGAUGACUAUGGUGGUGUACAUGGCGCUUUACGAGAAUUACUAAGCUCUUAUUUAUGUGAUGAUCCUGAAUUGUUUUUACGAGGCUUUCUUGGUGAUCUUGGUAAAAACGAUUUGGCAGUACAACAAGAUUCUUUGACACGGCUUUAUUAUCUUGUCACUAUGCAAGCGAAGCUACCACCUGGAUUCACACAUACACUCUUCAAUUACCUGGCUGGCAUGCUCAAAUGGCUUACAAGGGAAACAACAAAAAAUGGGUUCACAUUGAUGUCACUUAUUCAUCCUAUAUUGACUCAACUUGUUCUAUCCACCAACGAACUCUCCACACGGGAUUUGCGAAAGAACAAGAUUGAAACGCUACUUACAAGUACUGGGCGAUUCUGGUUCACUCAUGAACAACCUAUCUCCAUGUUCGCAAGACGACUGACGGAACGACAAACUUCUUUUACAGUAUUGGAUAUCCCUGAUGAAAUUUUUGGAGUAACCAUGCUUCGUAUUAGUCAUAUUCAAUUUUUGACCAACUUUUUGAUUCGAUAUCCUCGUGAGGUAUACACCAUCAAGAAAACUCUACAAGAUUACGAAGAAUUACCUACUGUCAUCAACAGCGAUAUUGAAGGUUACAGCGACAUGAAUCACUUUCAGAAUCAUAUCAGCCAUGAUUUUCCUGAUCUCAGAUUCUGUGCUCGUGUUGGAAUUGAACAACUGAUCGAUUUGGAUACUACAUAUGUUGACAAUCUGGAACACUUCACUGUUCUCCCAAGACCCUGUCAAGAACAAGAAGAUACUGGAUUAUUAUCUUUGUUACGAGCACGCGUCUGGUUACGAUUUAUUGACACUCUAUUAAAUGGUCUGAAUAAGAAUUACAACGAUCGAAAGGAACUGGAACGGAUUCUCAGUGGCGUGAACGACAUCAUCAGUAAUAACAGCUAUGAUUAUGGAAUUAUUGGGCAAGCUUUGAUUCUCUAUACCCGGGUAGUGACAAGAUUCAAACGAUUGUUCUCAUCCAAUCAUGGUUAUGGUGCUUUUUUACCGGCUCUCUUCAAGGUUUUUUGUCAAGUAGAAAACUAUCCUCAUAUUCGAUCAGCCAUCACAUUUGCCUGGUGUCGAUUUUAUGCCGUCCAUGAAGAAUCAUUCGUAUUUCAAAUGCUAGGAACUCUCUCACCAUCCAUCCUGAAAGCAUACAAUCAAUCUACACGACUUGGAUCCUGGAUGAUCGACAAUUUAUUUACUUUAAUGCAAGCGAUGAACCGACCACCUCGUCUAGGAGCUACUUCAGAUGUUCUUGGAUUACAAUUACAGGUUGAAUUGGAUGAUCAUGAACGUAGUAUUCAAGAGCGCAUAGAUGUUGUUAGCAAUCCUAUGACGAUGCCUCUAUCGACUUCUAUUUUGAAACCAUUGGCUCGUAGUGUAACAGCUCCCAUUGCUCCCUUGGUAGUCAACAAUUAUACAAACCGACCAUUCCUUUUAUCCAGUUUUAUCAAGUUAUUCCUGACAAUUAUUGCCUAUGAUCCUGGAGCAUUACGUGCUGAACAAUUUGUGAAAAUGUACCGGUACUUACUCCCUCUAUUUUACAAAGUAAGUGAUCUAGUGGAUUUGAUUGAUGAAGGUAUGGCAGCGUUAGUGGAUGUAUUUACAAGGUUCAGUAAGAAUGCAGUACCACUUUACAACUCAACAACAACAACAACAACAACAACAACAACAACAACAACAACAACAGCAACAGCAGAAAUGGGAAAUCAUGUAUCAGGCGAAGAUGGAAACUUGGGAUCUCAACAUCAACAUUUAUUACAAGAUCAUGUAACAGCAAACUCUACUUUUCAACAACAACAUGCGUUUGGAAAGCAUUGGCAACAAAACGAUCGUGUUACCAUCAAGAUGGAAUUUAUCAAGUUGAUUCGACAAUAUUUCAAGUUACAAGGAACAUUGUCUGAAGUGGAUCAUGAAAAAAUGGGAAAUAUCAUUCGAACACUUUUGCGGGACUAUGGUCUAUCUGGAAAUGUUUGCAAUACAUUAUGGGUAAAGAAUUACUUGGAUGAUGCUGUUAGGUCUAUGGUUGGUACAAGAAAUUAUACCAAAGCGUUCAAAAAGGUACUUCAACAAAUUCUCUCACAAUGGAAAAGUUAUCACAAGGUAUUGGAUGGAUCCGGUAUUUAUCAAGGACUUGUGUUGAUUCUGCAGCAUGGUCAAGGAAAAUCAUUCCAGAUGAAUGACAUUGCUACUCUAAUCAAAGAUCGAUAUCUUACUUACGGCUUAUCCAUGAUCAAUGAUGAUUUCAGUGGUGGUACUUCUCAUUGCAAGGGUGUCUAUGAUUCAUUUUGUCAAGCGUUGGUGAACCUACUGGUGACAAUGAUGGAAACUUCGCCUCUGGAUGUAUUUUGCGAAAUUGAAAAGAUGAAUCCUACUGUAUCUCUGAUGGGGAUGGUGAUCAUUCCGACAUGCCUUCAAUUUAACCUUCAAAACAACCGUAUUCCUUCAACUAUGGGUGCUUCCAGAUUCAAACGCGAUCCAACUGAUUAUUGGGUACGUCUUUUGUCCUUUGUGAUGAAAGCAUGUAGUCAAGCUCAAACUUUGAAAUAUCGAUCUCCAGCAGGUGGAUUCUCUUUAUCAGCAUUUAGUAGCAUCAGCAAUCACUCAAGUUCGAACAUUGGAAUAGUAACAACCGAUGAUGGAAACUAUGGGAUCAAUAUUGUUAGUACAAGUGAUGUAUCGGGGGAUCGUGGGGUAGACACAACAGCAACAGCAACAACAGCAACACCAAAUGUAGAAGGCGGUGGUACCAACAGCACAUUGGAAAACAAUAACAAAAAGUCUCUUACAUUUUCUACAGCUUUGUUAUCAACAUUUGGUUUCAUUGCUUUGAAGAUUAUACUUAUUCGUGGUAGUAAAUCAUUUGACAAAUUGAAAGGUGUAUGGACUCAACUGGCUUAUUAUAUCAAGGAUACUCUGAUGAUAUUCAAUAGUGACAGUCUUGGUAUCAGCAAUACAAUGCAGAAAAGGUCAAGAUCUGGAUUUUCUUCACCUGUCGUUAAUCCUCCUCCUCCUCCACCUCCUCCUUCUCCAUCAUCAGCUAUGAUAUUCAAUGAUACAACAACACAAGCAGGGGUCAGAAAUUCUUCAGUUCAUACUCACUCACCUGGUUAUUCGACUUUAUCCAUCACACCAACAUCUUCGGCUUAUACAUUGUUGGACUUUACCUCUUGGCAUCUUCUUGAAUUCAUCAUGUAUUAUAAAACACCGUUGGCUCUCUUACUAGGUGGACUUAUCAAAGAACGGGUCGUGGCAUCAUCGGUCUUAUCAUCAACCACUAAUUCACCAUUCUUGUCAUCAACUCCAACUGGACACUCCUCAUAUUCAUCCUAUUCACCUCAUUCGCCUCGUUCACCUUGUUCGCCUCACUCACCUCAAUCGUUACAUACACCUCAUUCAACAUACUCACCAAAUAAUGUGCAGCAAGAACGAUUUGAAUCAUCGGUUAAUACUCCAACAACCACAACACGAUGGAAAAGUUGGGGAAGCAAUAACACAACUAGACGACAACGACGACGUUACCUUGCACAACUAAGCAUGGUUGGAUUUCCCGAUGACACUGCUGAAUCUAUCUCACUUUCAUCCCAUAAAGAUAUAAUUUUAAAUGGACAACAACAGGAACAACAACAACAAACUUCAUCGACGCCUUCAUCACAACCGGUUUCACCUUUAGAUGCUACUGGAUCCACCAUACCAAUAGAUGCGUCUGUUGAUACAUCCAUAGAACAAAAUGUAGGAUCUAGUCAACAACAACAACAGCAUUCCAGUCGACCAACAUCCCAACAACAAUAUCUAUCAUCCACCAUUCGACAUGUAGCAAAUGCAAGAACUCGAUCCAUUGGCAAUUUACAGGCAUUCAUGGGUAUCACAUCAUCACCAUAUAUGGAUAACUAUAUCACAGAUAUUCGAUCAUGGACUUAUGGAGAUGGUAUACGCAAAAUGACAGGUGAAUGGAAAUUGAUGUUGAAACUACAUGGUGAUUCUAUCUCUCAGGAUCUCAAAACAGCUACACCAAUAACACCAACGCCAAUGGAAUCAUCAUCAAGGGAAUAGUUUUUUAGAUUUGUCCUUUUUUAUUUUUAUUUUUAUUUUGUAUAUAUGUUUUUAUUAUUUUAUAAAAGAUCGAAACUGACAAGACAAAUUUUGUCAUAAAUCUAUGUUAUAUAUAUAUUUUUUUA